CUGCUAGACGAGCAGCUAGCUGCAGCUAGGCCCUACACGCCAGCGCGCACUGAGCGGUCCGCGAGGGCAGCAUGUCGGGUUACAUCAAUUUCGGUUGUCCCAACGGCGUCAACGGCGGUGCCGACUUGCCGGACGCCUUCCACCGGGCACCGCCCGAGCCCAAGAGCCGGGCCAACGUAGUCCUGGGAGCCCAAUGGGGCGAUGAAGGCAAGGGCAAGAUCGUCGAUCUCCUAGCAAGCGAGGCUCAGAUCGUGUGCCGGUGUCAGGGUGGCAACAAUGCGGGGCACACAGUCGUCGUGGAGAGCGUCCACUACGACUUCCACCUCCUUCCCAGCGGGCUGACCAACACAAAGUGCACAGCUGUUGUCGGCAACGGUGUGGUCAUCAACGUUCCGCAGCUCUUCGACGAGAUCAAGGCAAACGAGGAGAAGGGACUCCAGAUCUCCACUCGGCUACUAAUUUCAGACCGAUCUCACAUAGUUUUUGAUUUUCACCAGGCCGUCGACGGGCUCCAGGAAAUCGAGAAGGGUGCCAAAAGUCUUGGUACAACGAAAAAGGGCAUCGGUCCAACCUAUGCUUGCAAGGCUUCGAGAACAGGGCUGAGGAUGGCAGAUCUGGUCGGUGACUUUGCAGUAUUUGAACAGAGGUUUCGGAGUCUGGUGUCCACGUACCAGCGGCUAUUCCCUGCUCUCAAGGUUGAUCUCGACGUGGAACUUGCCAAAUACAAGGAUCUGGCAUUGAAACUGCGGCCGUUCGUCAUCGACACGGUGUCGUACCUGCACGAUGCCCUGGCCGACGGCAAGAACAUCCUCAUCGAAGGUGCCAACGCCUGCCUCCUAGACAUCGACUUUGGAACAUAUCCGUUUGUGACGUCUUCAAACUGCACUGUGGGUGGCGUCUGCACGGGUCUCGGCAUUCCGCCACGAGCCAUCGGCAACGUGUACGGCGUGGUCAAGGCCUACACGACGCGCGUCGGCGAUGGCCCCUUCCCCACUGAACAGAAGAAUGAUAUCGGAGAGCGACUACAAACCAUCGGUGGCGAGAUUGGUGUCACGACCAAGAGGAAACGGCGGUGCGGCUGGCUCGACGUGGUGCUGUUACGUUACUCCAGCAUGAUCAACGGAUACACCGCGUUGGCCCUGACCAAGCUCGACAUCCUGGACACUUUUGAGGAGAUCAAGAUUGGCACAGCUUAUCGUGUGGAUGGCAAGGUGUUCAAGUACCCGCCAGCGAGUUCCGAUGAGAUGUCCAGGGUGCAAGUUGACUACAUGGUCAUGCCAGGCUGGCAGACGUCGACGAGCGAGUGCCGGAAGUACUCCGACCUACCCGCCAAUGCCCGCCGCUAUGUUGAGACCGUCCAGGAGCUGCUAGGCGUCCCCUUCAAAUGGAUCGGCGUUGGAAAAUCUCGUGCGGCCAUCAUCACGAUUCCUUGAUGAGUUGAUGAGCGGCCUGAGACAAGAAGACGGCGCAGCACACGCGUGUGUUGUCGACAGAGAACUUUGUAAACUUAAAAGAGCCGAGCUGUUUUAUUUUUUUCCUCGUUUUACCUCUUCUCGUUUUUAAUUCAUUGUUGUUUUUAAAAAAAAACGAACACGUCCAGUCGUUGUUAUUCACCGGCCAUCGUUGAUAGGAGUUGCCGCUUGUUCAGGUCAGCCACUUCGACGGCAAGUUGCAUUUGACAAACGACGUCCGCACUUUUCACAGCUGAGAGAAAGGGCACUCUGAUGCAUUUGUGUGGUGCCUGUUUUAUUGCAGCCACUUGUUGACGCAUUGAAUCAAGAGCAGUGUUAAACUUUUCCGUGGUCUAGCACAUGGCAGGGACGAGUGGAGUUAACAUAGUGUGGCAUGCACUCUAGAAGCGGUUUGCAUUCUUUGAUGGGCAUUUUUAGUCCCGCAACAACAACCAUCAUCUGGCUCGCUUGUGUUUUGUUUCUUUAAAGCACGGCGUUCGCCACUUUUCUGUUUUGAAAAAUGUUACCUGUUGACGUGCUCGUCAUUGGUAACUUGGAAAAAAACUGGCGCGAAGUGGUAACACGUGGAAAGGCAUGCUAGAUAGGUGAAGGUUAUUGUUGAGCGUUGUUAUAGUAAUACAGGUAAAUCUUAGUUUAACGAAGUUAAGGGGACCAUAAAUUGUGAAAUCGGGAACGUCAGUAAAUUUUUAAAUCUGAAAAAACAUUGUGCGCGUUACGUAGUUUGCAUAUAGACUUAUCACAGACAGUGAAACCACUGUUCUUCACAGGAGAAGUGAACUCCAUUGUUAAGCAGUACGCAAGUUAACGAUGACAAAGCACCUCUCCUUAAUUAAUCGAUUGCAUUCAUCACUUGAAUUGAAGCCUGGCAUACCCUAUCUUUUCCCGCCUUUUACACCCGUUUCCUCAAAACCAUAUGCUAGACGUCCGCUUCACUGCGUCCCUUAAGGGCUUUCAGUAAUUGCGCUGUACAAAUAUACGUGCAGGAAUUGAAACCGCUUUGUUAAAACAACAAUGCUAAAUUUGGCUUUGUUAAAUCAAGGUUUAACUGUAUAAGGUUGUGGCUAACAUCUGCUUCUAUAUUCAAGGGUGGACAUAAGCCUUCUGAUAACAGCCAGGUGUUAUGCUCAAGAGGCUACAUAAAAACAUUUCCUUAUUGGCUGCUUGCUGUUCCUAAAGGGG